CAAAUGGCGAGGCUAAUAAAACACCCAAUAACCUUACUAGGGUUUACGAAACGCAGUCGCCUCAUCGCCGCUCUCUGACCUCAGCCCGACUUUCCCCUCUCAAUGGCGCCGAAGAAAGAUAAGGCUCCCCCGCCGUCAUCCAAGCCGGCGAAGUCUGGCGGUGGAAAGCAGAAGAAGAAGAAGUGGAGCAAGGGAAAGCAAAAGGAGAAGGUGAACAACAUGGUGCUUUUCGACAAGGCUACCUACGACAAGUUGCUUUCCGAGGCGCCGAAAUACAAGCUUAUCACACCUUCUAUCCUCUCCGAUCGUCUCAGGAUCAAUGGAUCACUUGCAAGGAAGGCAAUAAGAGAACUGAUGGCUAGAGGUUUGAUCAGAAUGGUGUCUGCUCACUCAAGCCAACAGAUAUACACUAGAGCCACUAACACCUAGGUGUUCUGUUUAUUUACUGGGAGAGUUCAUAUGAAUUUUUCUAUUUGAAUCAUUGUUCUUUUUCUCGAGGAUUUAUAAGAUAUUCGGCCUGAUAUGGGCACUGCUCUAAUGUUUUUUUGGAUCAUUUUUCUAAAUCUGUUUCAUCUUUUAAAUGUUUUUAAGUUUCUUUUUGCUGGC